UCUCGGCUCUCUCUCUCCCUCCCUCUCUCUCUUUCUCUCUCUCGGCUCGCUCUCGGCUGAUGGGGUAAGACCCGACUCAUAAUGGGAGAUGAUGGACACUUCUCACAGGGUGUAGGGUGUCCAGUGUUUUUUCUUUCAGAAGCACAUUGUAAGUUUUAGCUGUUUUAGAAUCACAAUAAACCAUCUGUAUCCAUAGCUCAACUGAAGCAGAAGCAAUUGUCAGGAUUCAAGGUAAUUGUCAGACCACCCCCCCUCCCCACUCACUCACUCACUCACAUAAACACACACACACUCUUUCUUUCUUUCUCUCUCUUUCACAGACACACACACACACUCAGAGGGAGAGAGAGUAUCGUAAUAGAGUAAUAGUCUUCGUAUCCUUCCCCAGUUCCCUAGUGCGUGUGUGUGCUAUUUUCUUAAUGUGUGUCCUUUUUUUUAGACAUUGUUAUGAGCUGUUGCUUGAGCCUUUGGAAUUUUCAGCUGGGUCCAGGCCUUACUGCAACCUUCACCAUGGAUAAAGGAAGUUAUAAAUUCUGUUAGUCCUCAUCAUAUCUGGGUUCAACUAGGCUGUGAACGCUGUUGCAGUCUCGUUGGCAACAGAUUCCUCCUCAUGUUUUUUUUUCAUUCUCUAACUAUACUUGAACAAUGUAUCCAAUUCUAUGAAAACACAGGCACAGAAACAAUUGAAUGUAUUUCAGUGGAAACUAGUUACAAUCAAAAUAGAAAAGUAGCCCUGACCUUUUGACCUUUCCCCAGAUGUGUUGAAUCCACAACCCAAGGAAUGAGUCAUUUACGAAUAUAUCUUCAUAGAUAUAUUGACCUUUAAACCUCCUCUCUAUGGCCCCUCAAGAGCCACAACACACAAAAUUCUCUUCAGCCACAAACCAUGGAGCUCAGCCUCCAUCAAAACCCUCUCUCUUCCUCACUGCUGUUUAUGCUGUCUGUGGAGUUCAUCUCAGCAAAACCCAUAUUUGAAUGUAAAUGGAUGCUGGUUUUGUGCGAUCUUGUGUAGCCAGUAUGUGUUCCUACGGCAGAAUUCAUAUUAUCAACCAGGACAGCGAGGCACAGUUGGAACAUGAUAAUCGCUCAGCAAUUAUCUUUGUCGUAGUUUGACUUUUAAGAAAAGGACAAAUCUGACCAGUUUUUCUUUUUUUUCUUUAGCCCUGCCCCUGAUACAGUCAGAAAAAUGCCGGCUGCCUUCAUUCCUUUUUUUUAGCCAUUGUUCCCCCUCAACUAAAAUAACACACAGACCUGUGACUGACUGAGUCCCUGACCCUUGUCCUUCAUGCUUUGCUUGUUAUUUUACCUUGUUGGACUUAAAAAAAAGAGCCAGUCAACUUCUCUGAGAGAUGGAAUGCUGUCCAUGCUGUACAUCUGUUAUUAUCCUCUGCUCUGUGGUAGGGUGGUGUCUGUUCUUUCUGGGAAGAAGCCUUAGAGGGGUAUGUCUGCGCUUUUGACUACUGGGUGUUGACAGACCAGACCCCAAUUUCUCAGUAGCUGCUGCUGCUGCUCCUCAGCGGCCCUUGUAACUAUGAGAAAGAGACAGAAAUAUGAGAAACAUGCUAUCGAUAUCAUUUGCAUUAUCUGUAUAAGGCUAGGAGGCUGAGAAGCAUCUUUGAGCACCAUUCCUUACCUUUAUCAGAAACUAUUUUCCUGACAGCUACUUAUGUCAGCUAUUCAGGACAUCCGCCUGUGACCCAUAGUCCUCUGUUGAGAUAUUCUAAUAUCUGCUCAAGUUUUUUAAGAGAGCCAAGGGGCAUGGCUUUUCCCAGACUAUGAGCAAGUCCAAAAAGGCACUGCAUUGAUGUGCCUGCUUCAUAUCACUGUCCAACUUGACAAUGAUGGAUAGGAGGUUUGUAGAAUAUCAGGACACGCAAUUCUUCACAAAGCUAGAUAGAUGUCCAUCCUAAUAUCAGAUGAAUCCGAUCAUUCCCAUUAUCAAGACUGUCAAUCUGUCCCGUAACUUCUUUAGCAGAUGUUGGGGAAUUGAAUGGAAAAUUAUAAUGUAAUCAACAAAAGAAAAGAUUUUAAUAUAGGACUAUAAAAUAGUUUUAUUGACAAACUCGAUACUUUUUAUGUGCCAGUUCAAUUUACUGUAAUGUGGACUGAAUCCACUUCUUUUAGCCACCAGAAGAGGGCACUCCACUUUUAGUUCAGCACCUCAUACUACUCAUGCACAGUAUAUUAACAAAAUGCUGUCAUUCAAAACAACUUCUCCAAGUAUGGAGAAAGUAUAAACUUGAUCAUUACUGGGAAGCAAAAUUGUGUCUCUGUAGCUUGUACCUUGCUUAAUUAGUUCAGCCAUGAAUUAGUGCAUGUAAUAAAAAAUAUAAUUUAUGUGAAAUGUGACUGAAUAUCCAAGAUAGCAGGGAAGGAUACACACCCAUUAACAGAUAAGGCGCUCUAUGUUUUGCCUGCACUUGUUGAGAAACCACAGGGCACCCUGGCUUUGAAUACUUUAGGGAUUAGGCUACAUGAGUUUUCCAUCACUAUCAAUGUCAGGGGCAUAGGUCCAGGCAAGAUGGGCCCUGUAGUUUGCAUUCUUUCUCUAGGAAUGUGCAUUCCAAGAUGUCUGUCUUUCAGGGGUCUCUUGUAGUCUGAACAGUGGACAUCUAUGUGGGCAAUAGAUGAACUGCAUUGUGUCAGUUCUUACCAGUUUCCAUGACAAUGAAAGAUUUAAAUAGCCUCAGAUUAUUAUAACCAUUUUUUUGCCUUGCAUUCUCAUUGAAAAAAAUCUAAAUUUUUGGAAGGUCUUUUUUUUAAAUCUUAUUUGGCCUCACACCCGAAGAGAAAUAAAUAUGGUAGGCCUGAUUAUUAGCCUAUCAAAAUACUAUUUAAUAAUGGAUUUUUCUUAAUCCAGUCUGCUCUUGUUUUCUUCCCAUUCAAAUUAAAUAGGGCCUCCUGUAGUAAAACUUAUCAUUGAUGUCAUCACACUGAGCGUUACAUUUCCAGUGAAAACUGAUGUGUGCUCUCGCAGCUGGAAAAGAGCACGGUGAACGUGUUGUUCUCCACUAUGUCUCUUUGAACAAGGGACUCCGUCGAACACAGAGCAAUAAGGCAUGGUUGGAAGAGCUGGUAUGCCUUUUUUCACCGAAUAAUUCACCCACGUCGACUGUAUACACCCAUGUACAAAGGAAUGCAGUGACAAUUGGGUUAACGAGACAGACUCUCCCUCCCAGACGGGGCGGGGAGACAAAGCGACCACCAUCCGGCGAUUGGCUGUUUAGGAUAUUACAUCACUGUCAAAGGCGGAUCUCCAAGAGCCAUGACGCGAUACUGUAGGGGCGUGUUGUCGGGAAAUCAGCUGUAGAAACAAUAACAGAAAGAAUACUGGAGGAGCAAGGGUUUGAGACGAAAUGCAAUUGCAUUUUCGCAAGAAAGAAAGUAGUCUCUUUUAGAAUCAUCGACAUUACCCCGCAGGUGUAGACAGAGGAAGGGAGUUUCGUAGUUGUCAGCGACAUAUUCGCUUCAAAAGCUUUGCCUCACUUUCAGCAGAGGAUAGCGAGCGUGGAGAUGCCGCCUAUUUGACAGCUGUGUGGCUUGAUAAGGCGUCCGACGACACAUUAAAAAGUCCUACACCUUUGUAGCAACUUUGUUUGGCCUCUACUCCUGCACCCGGCGUAACGGGAUCCAGGGGUGGAACUGAGGCGGACUGGCAUGUGGGUCAAUUCUGGAACAGUCGGAAGCAGGGCUGGAGCUGGAGACUGGGGACCCGAGCAGACAGACCUCUUGGCCCGCAGGCAGCCUGUUUGAGCUGCUCUCUGGCCCUGUUGACCUCCUGAAGAGUAAAGGGCCCUCUCCAUGGAUAUAGACACAGACUAUGAGCGGCCCAAUGUGGAGACGAUCAAAUGUGUGGUGGUGGGCGACAACGCGGUGGGCAAGACGCGGCUGAUCUGCGCGCGCGCCUGCAACGCCACCCUCACGCAGUACCAGCUGCUCGCCACCCACGUGCCAACCGUCUGGGCCAUCGACCAGUACCGUGUCUGCCAGGAGGUGCUGGAGAGGUCCAGGGAUGUGGUGGAUGAGGUCAGUGUAUCCCUUAGACUGUGGGACACCUUUGGAGACCACCACAAAGACAGACGCUUUGCCUAUGGCAGGUCGGAUGUGGUGGUGCUGUGCUUCUCGCUGGCCAACCCCAACUCUCUGCGCCACGUGCGCACCAUGUGGUACCCGGAGAUCAAGCACUUCUGCCCCCGCACCCCCAUCAUCCUGGUGGGCUGCCAGCUAGACCUGCGCUACGCCGACCUGGAUGCCGUCAACCGCGCCCGACGCCCCCUAGCAAAACCCAUCAAACCCACAGACAUCCUGCCUCCGGAGCGCGGCCACGAGGUGGCCAAGGAGCUGGGCGUGCCCUACUACGAGACCAGCAUCGUGGCCCAGUUUGGCGUCAAGGACGUCUUCGACAACGCCAUCCGCGCCGCGCUCAUCUCCCGGCGCCACCUGCAGUUCUGGAAGUCGCACCUGAAGAAGGUGCAGCGGCCGCUCCUGCAGGCGCCCUUCCUGCCCCCUCGGCCGCCGCGGCCCAUCGUGGGCAUCCCCGACCCACCGCAGGCGGACGGCGAGGGGCCGGACACGCUCUUCACGCGGCCGCUCUGCGCCGACGUGCUCUUCCUCCUGCAGGGCGGCGCCGUGCGCGUCUUUGCCCACAAGGUGUACCUUGCCACCUCCUGCUCCAAGUUCAACGACCUCUUCACCAUGAGCCUGUGCGGAGGAGGAGCAGCAGCAGGAGGAGGAGACAGUGUGGAGAGCGAGGGAGGAGAGGAGCAGAUGGAGGGAGGAGGAGGAGGAGGAGAAGGAGAGGAGGAAGAGCAAAGCAGACGUGGAGCCAAAGAGCAGGCCGGCCGCACCAAGAGCCUGGACAUUGAUAAGGACGGGGGGGUGGGCGAUGGGGGCGCGCGGGGCGCCUGGCGUCCACUCCUGCUCCAGCAGGGCUCGCUCAGGACUUCCCAGAGCGACAACGCGCUCCCCGCCCGGGGACAGGCUUCCACCUCAGGGGCCUUCGGGACCGGACGCGCUCUGAUGGGCUGGGGCAGGGGCUUCCUGGGCGUCUGUCUGGAGCACGUGGACGACCCGAUGACUGGACGGCCGCGACUCAUGACCGUGGUCUCCAUGGACAGCCUCAUUCAGGAGGGACCCUUUCAGGCGGUGCUACAGUAUUUAUACACGGGCAACCUGGACGAGGGCCGGGGCGACCUGAUGCAGGUGGCCACCAUCGCCGAGCUGUUGGAGGUGUUCGACCUACGCAUGAUGGUGGCCAACGUGCUGAACCGCGAGAGCUUCAUGAACCAGGAGAUCACCAAGGCCUUCCACGUGCGGCGGGCCAACCGCAUUAAGGAGUGCCUCAACAAAGGCACUUUCGCUGAUGUGGUGUUUCGGCUGGACGACGGCUUCCUGCCGGCCCACAAGCCCCUGCUCAUCUCCAGCUGCGACUGGAUGGCGGCCAUGUUCCGCGGCUCCUUCAUGGAGAGCUACGUAGAGGAGGUGGCGAUCCCCAACACUAAUAUGGCGUGUAUGCGGGCCGUGCUGGAGUAUCUGUACUCCGGGCUGCUGAUCCCUAGUUCUGGCCUCGAGCCUCUGGAGCUGAUUGUCCUGUCCAACCGCCUGUGCCUCCCCCGCCUGGUGGCCCUCACAGAGCAGCAUGCUGUGGAUGACCUGCUGCACAUGGCUGUGAAGGGGGUUGACGUUGACGGACAGGUGCUCGCUUACCUGGAGAUGGCUCAGUUCCACAACGCUAAGCAGCUAUCAGCAUGGUGCCUGCAUCACAUCUGCACCAACUACAACAGCGUGUGUCGCAAGUUCCCCAAAGACAUGAAGAACAUGUCGCCAGAUAACCAGAAGCACUUUGAGAAGCAGCGCUGGCCGCCUGUCUGGUUCCUGAAGGAGGAGGACCGCUACAAGCGCUCGCAGAAGGAGCGCGAGCGCGAGGAGGAGCUGCUGCGCAAGCAGAACACCAAGAGGGGCUGGUGCUUCUGGAAGCAUCCGGCACCCUCCACCUCACACAUCUCCUGAAGAACCAACCCCAAACCACCACCACCUUCCCUCCCUCGCUCCCUCUCUUUUCCUCCCCCUCCCCCUCCUCCUCCUCCUCCUCCUCCUCCCAUUCAACCCACAACCUGUAGGAGCAGCCUUGUCACCAGUGUGACCUCCGCCCACUGGUGUGGUGGGUCUGUGUGAUAUAGUCUGUAAGCUAGCGCUACACUGCGUGAGACUGGCCAGUGUGUCAGGUCUGCCACGGGAGGAAUAUGCCUCGGAGGCAGCUCAGGGGGACGCCUUCAGCCAGCAGCAGCAGCAGCAGCAGCAGCAUUCUCUGUGCUGCUCAGUCAGCAAGGGAGACCGACUGUGGCUGGGGCCACAAAGCGCGGCCGUCCUGUCAUAGCUCCUGUGUGUGUGUGUGUGUGUGUGUGUGUGUGUGUGUGUGUGUGUUUGUGGGUGUGCUAGAGACUGUGCAGGAGAGGCUAGAGACUAACCCAAAGCCCCCUAGGAAAAAACAAACAAACAGACAUAGGAAUAAGCUGCCUUUUCCUUUCAAAGAUUUCUCACCGAACAAAGCCACAUGUAGUGUGUGUGUGAGUACGUGUGUCCAUGCUACUGCGUGGCUGGUUGUCCGCUGUGGAAACCUUACCCUCCCCUUCCUCAACUCUGUGAUAUUCCCUACCCACAACCCCCCCACAAUUAGUCUCAGAGAUGCACUAUACUUGAGAUUCUGAAACACCAGGAAAGAAAGGAAAAUAAAACAAACAAACAAUCGUCCACGCCCUCAGCCAGAGUGCCUGGAGCACCAAAGAGAAUCGAAACCCAUCAUUAAUGAGACUUAACAACACGCUUUACCAAACUCACCUGGGACACUUAAAUGGCAAGGCUGGAGAUGAGGGCUAUUCAACCACUGCCACUGAAGUAUUAAAACUCCCUUCUGUGUCUCCCUCACUCGUUUCCUGCUCAUCAUAAGCUGAUCGUGGACGCCACCUGCUGGAUCACCCAUUUCCCCCACAACACUAGGGGGCAGUAUCACCUCUAUUACACUGUGAAUAUUUUUUUUUUGUGUGUGCAUGUGUUCGUUUGAGGAACUGAGACGACUUGAAACAGGGACCUAAGCACCUGUGUGACUGUCUUCUCCCAGUUAACAGUAUCUGUGUAACAUCUACACUAUUGACUUUACUUUUACUUAUUUUUUUUAUUAAGGAGAUCCAGUUAACCCAUUUCUGUACAGCCAGAAACCAAAAGAAAGAGGACGUACUUCUUUUCCCCCCAUUCAGCCCUUGUUUUCUUCUGUCAUCUCUUCCCACUGCCUUUUAUCCAUCAGAGAUGAAGGGAGAGGGCACAAGAAGUACUGUAUGGCUGGAUUCAAAAUCUGCCAUCUCCAUUUUCAUUCCUGGUCUCCCUGCUACUUAACUUCACAGAGAGCAAAACAAAACACCUACCUGGGUUAGCUUAGGCUGGCUAACUGGCUACUUAAUAAGCUGAGUAAUGUGUAACUAAGUAAUUGAUGCUUCCUCUCACCACUUGCUUGUUCUGCUGGUUUUGGGUGAAUUGUUGCUUUAAUGUGAUCUCACGUGAUUGAAAAGAAGGGCACUUUCUAGUUCAUUACACACUUUUAGCUAAACAGACCUAUUUUCCUUAAGUUCAUUUUAUGAAAAAAAAAAAAAAACUUAAGGAUUCCUCAUUUUGAAGGAUGAAAUGAUGGGUUGUGAUUCUCGGCAGUGAGUGCUUCAUAGUUGUGAGGUAGUAUAAAACGAACUUGACUCUCUGCAAGUGCUGCGAACUCCUUAACAUUAUUGUGCCAUUCAAAUCUCUUCUUGGCUUGGAGAGUGUUUUUUCCUAUCCCCAGUUUAAAUUUCAGCUGUGUGUUUGCUUUUUGGAGAGAAGAAAGACAGAGAGAAAACUUUGUGGGUGUGUUCUCACUUUGUUUUGAUGUGUUUGCUCUUCUUGGUAAAAGAGUUUCCUGGUGA